AUGACCGGUGCUGGGAGUUUCAUUCUCGCCGUGGCAGUCAUUUUCUUCUCGCCCGCGUGCGCGGCGCGGGAUGACUGCGCUGUGGGAUCCUUGCAUGACAUACUGGCCACUGCGCAAGAGAUGAUUUUGCUCAUCGCCGCCUUCACUAUUGGUUGGCAUUUGAUUGGGCCGUUCCUGGGAUUUGUGACCCGCCAAAGCCGUGCCAUCACGAUCUGCGCCACACCUCGAGACCCUCAUGCCAGGGCUAUGCAAGCUCAGGGCUCUGAGGAGCAGGGCACGGCGCCAACCGAGUCCGUGACAGCAACAGGCAGAGCAUUUGUGGAUGCACAACGCCAGGAGCCCAGAGCCUUUCCUCCUGGACGCCCAGACGUGGCGGUGGAUCGUUGGAUUGCUGAGGGCACCUCCCAGCCCGAUGCGAAGCUACAUGCGGAUGUGUUCGAGGCCUGCGUCCAGCUUGGUGAUUUCGACUCGGCACACCGCUUGGCUCGACACACUGCCUGGAGGGUCCCGGAAGGUGCGAAAGGGCCUUCUCAAGUUCUCGCUCUGGCUCGCUGGCUGGCGCGGAGGCAGGACAUGGAGGCCGCGGAAAAAUGCAUGCAGCAAGUACGGCAGACCGGCCAUGCGGUGGACCUUCGCACCAUGAAGUCAAUGAUCAUAGUGUGCGCACGGGUCGGACGCAUGGAUCUCGGCACGGCGCUCUUUCAACAGUUGGCCGCCGACAAGCUGAAACCUGAUUUCGCGACCUACUCUGCCAUGAUCCGUGGUCUUUGCAACAUUGGCCAGGUGGAGGAUGCCCUGGCAUACGUGGAGAUCAUGCGGCGUGAUGCGAUUCGUUUGGAUGCGAUGCUCUUCGAUGUCUUGUUGGAGGGCUGCGUUCAUCAGAACAACUACAGGGGCGCCGAGCGCCUUCUCGCGCAGAUGCAGGAGGUGGGCAUCCAGCCCUCGAAUGCAACCCUGGCUGCCUGCAUUCGUCUAUAUUCUUCGCGUGGCGAGCUGAAGCGAGCGAUGUCUAUGUUUGAAGAUAUGUCCCGUGAAUAUCACCUGCAGCCGAACGCCUACGUGUAUGGAGCCCUCGUUGCUGCUUGCAUUCGCUGUGGCAAGCCAGAGAUGGCCUUGUCUACGCAUGAACAGAUGGUGGCUGACGGAUGCUCACCAAGUGCCCGGAUCUAUGAGCUUCUGCUACAGUGCUGCAUCCAGCUUGGCUGGACGGCCAAAGCUGUGGAGCUGUUGGAUGCAGCGCUUGGCCUGCGCGUGGCUGAGGGACCUGCGAGCAGAUCAGUGCCAAGGACCCAAGCCUUCAUCGACCCGAAAGUGGUGGAGGACCUGCUCCUCCUGCUCGCACGGCGCAAGCAGGCUUCAAGUCUGGGAGUCCCUCUCCUGAAGCGUUUGGAAGAAGCUGACUUCGAACUCCCAGAACGCGCAGCAGGCCUCGCCGCAGCGGCAGAGGCUGAGCAGGCAGAGCGACUCGUGGAAACUGCGCGCUGUGGCCGUCGACGGGACUUUGAUCAGUGGCGCAACUUUGAGGUGACGGCCUGA